AUGGAUAGCACUUUCAAUAUUUUUGUAAAUCCUUGUAAGUGUAAUGUGAAAGAUGAUCCACUUCAUCUACAAAUGGAGUUGAUCAAACUUCAAGAAGAUUCAUAUUUGAAGUCUAAAUUUGAUGAUGUGGAACUAAGCGAAUUCUACAGAACAUGCCUUUCCAAAGAAAAGUAUCCGCAGCUGGACAGUCGGGGAGUUCGAACUGGUGUUAUCACUAAUCAAAUUAGAAAUAGGACCUACUCUGUAAAACUUGACAAUUCAAACAAUGUUUUAGCUACAAAUAGACAAUUUCUUGUAUCAAUACCUGUUAAUGUUAAUACUGAUCGUCAAGAGAAAAGAAUUAAUAUCUCUGAAGACAGUGAUAACAGUUACUCGGAGGAGCAAGAUUCAUGUGAAAACUUAAAUAUAGCUUCUCCAGAGAAAACAACUUCCUGCGGACGUUCAGUAAAACCACCAAAGCGAUUAAAUUUAUAA